AUGGUUAUCGCCUUGAAAGCACGAACGUUCAGGAACAGGUACCCGCGAUGGAUGGUCGGCCGCCCACUUCUCUACGCUUCCUCAGCCCUGGCAUCCCUGGGCGACGCCAUGUUCGGCUACAGCCAAGGUGUUAUUGCGGCCGCCCAAGUCCAACCUUCCUUCAUCCAUCGCAUGUACGGCCCGUCCCUGACCCUACAAGACAUCGAGAACGGCAACAUCGGUGUCAGCCCAUUCCUCCAAGCCAUCGUAGUCGCAUGUAUCAACCUAACCGCCCUUGUCGCUUCCUUCGCCUCGUCCUACGUCUGCGACAUCCUCGGUCGUCGCAUGUCUGUCAGGAUAGGGGCUGUGAUCUACUUCGUUGCCGCCCUAAUCCAAAUCUUCAUGCCUAACCUCGCUGCUCUGCUCGUCGGUCGGUGUAUCCAAGGUAUCGGGGUCGGGAUGCUGUCCAUGACUGUCCCUAUUCUCCAGUGCGAGAUCGCACCGGGUCAUGGCCGGGGGUUCUUCGUCUGCAUCGAGUACUUCUUCCUGAACACUGGAUACGCCUUGUCGGCGUGGGUGGGAUACGGGUUUUUCUUCAAGAUACCAUCCGAGAUCUCGUGGAGGGGGCCGUACAUCAUCCAGGCAGCCCUCUCUGGUAUCCUCUUCCUCUGGACAUUUUGGCUACCGGAGACUCCGCGAUGGCUCGUCCAACACGGCUACCGAGAGGAAGGGCUCCAGGUUCUAGCUGAUCUCCACGGCACAGGCGACACCUCCGACCCCGCCAUCGUCAAAUCCUUCGUGGAGAUGGAGACGGCGAUCAACUUCGAACAGGCGCUGGGGCAAGCUUCGUGGCGGGAACUCUUCACGCAGUACAAGUCCAGAGCGAUCGUCGGGAUAACGUGCCAACUAUUCGCCCAGUCCAACGGAAUCAAUGGAAUCUUGUAUUUCCUCCCCGAGAACCUUUUGAGGGCUGGAUUCUCGGUGCAGAGGUCGCUGCUGUACUCGGGAGCUUGCGCGUUGAUCUACUGCGCGGGAACCCUGCCGACUAUGAUCACAGUCGAUACCAUUGGUCGGAGACCGCUCUUGUUGGUUGGGAGUGUUGGACUCGCCGCAGCUCUGGCGACGGUCGGGGGACUGCAGUUUGGAGCCGAUGCCUUGCCAGUGAGCAAGACCGACCCUCAUUGGGACAGUCUCCAGGCUGAUGACCAUCUGGCAGCCGUCUGCUUCUACCUUUUCACAUACGGAGCCACGUGGGGUCCAAUACCCUGGUUACUAGCUGCAGAAAUCUUCCCCGUUCGAGCUCGAGCGAAGGGCAUGGCGCUGUCCACCAGCUCCAACUGGAUCUUCAACUUUGUAAUCGCCUUCGCCACGCCACCUCUGUUCGCCAAAAUCCACGGCGGUUACUACUUCCUGCUCAUGGCUUCUGCUCUCAAUGGUCUCGCCGUUGUGUGGAUGUUUUACCCUGAGACGGCGGGAAAGACGUUGGAGGAGCUGGGAGCUGUUUUUGGAGAUAGCGCUGUUGAUAUCAAGGUCGCGGACGUGUCGGUUGUUGACGCUACUGGAGGAGUUGGCGAUGGGAAGACAGAGAAGGGCAUUGGAUUGACAUCUCCAGAAUCUUCAUUACAGAAGCCUUGA